UCUUUUAUUCUUUUCUCUCUCUCUCUCUCUCUGUGUCCGUGCGCAUCGGAUUUUGGAAACCAUUGAUGCAGACCUCAAUCCAUCUCUAACACCACUGAUCUAUCUUACAGUCUUUCCCACAUUUUGAUUCUUGCUUUACGGUCUAUCUAUGGCCGCCGAGUCUUCUAACCCUCGAACCGUCGAAGAGAUCUUUAAGGAUUUUAGCGGUCGUCGUUCCGGUAUUCUUCGAGCUCUUUCCGGAGAUGUUGACAAGUUCUACUCUUUAUGCGAUCCGGAGAUGGAGAAUCUGUGUUUGUAUGGACACCCGAAUGGGACAUGGGAAGUGAAUCUUCCAGCUGAGGAAGUGCCUCCGGAGCUACCUGAGCCAGCUCUUGGUAUCAAUUUCGCAAGAGAUGGUAUGCAGCGUAAAGAUUGGCUCUCUUUAGUUGCUGUCCACAGUGAUUGUUGGUUACUCUCUGUUUCUUCUUACUUCGGCGCUCGCCUUAAUCGCAAUGAGAGGAAACGUCUAUUUAGUUUGAUCAACGAUCUCCCAACUCUCUUUGAAGUAGUGACUGGUAGGAAGCCCACCAAAGAUAAUAAACCAAGCAUGGAUCUCGGAAGCAAAUCCAGAAACGGCGUUAAGAGAUCAAUUGAAGGUCAGACAAAGAGCACACCGAAAUUGAUGGAAGAGAGCUAUGAAGAUGAAGACGACGAGCAUGGAGAUACACUCUGUGGAAGUUGUGGAGGAAACUACACAAACGACGAGUUCUGGAUAUGCUGUGAUGUGUGUGAACGUUGGUACCAUGGGAAGUGUGUGAAGAUAACACCAGCCAAAGCAGAUAACAUCAAGCAAUACAAAUGCCCAUCUUGCUGCACUAAGAAAGGAAGACAGUGAGAGAGUGUGAGUCAUCUUUUCAUUCAUAUAUCAUCCUUUCUUUUAUUUCUAGUUUUAAAUUACUGCAAAACAUCCUUCUGUUAAUUUAUGAAUACGAAACUAUUAUUUUGUGUUAGAUUCUCAAAGGGCGUUAUAAAAUUAGUAGUGAAAGAGGGAGGUAGUCAAAGAGACAUUAGCUGGUUAGAAAGCUUCCUCAUCUUUUGAUCAAAUAUGCCAUGUGUUUUGUAUAUGUAGUGUGACUCUGUUUUCAUCGUUUAUGUGUGUAAUCUCUUUUAGGCUAUAUAAAAAACAAUCUUAUAUGUAUGAUUGAUCAUCAUAA